CUUUGUUGUUUUGAUUGGAAAUUAUUUUUCUGACUUUUUUUUCAUUUUCAUAAUGAUUCUUUCAUUGAUUGGAUCGAUAGGUUUAGUUAGCCUGUUGUUUAUAUUCAAUGUAUUUCUUCAUUAUUAUGAAUUAGAACAACGAAAUUGUCACAAUGAUGCUUGUAAAAGUUUUACAAAUAAAAUUAUCGAUUCAAUCGAUUAUACUGUAAAUCCAUGUGAUGAUUUCUAUCAAUUUGUUUGUGGAAAUUGGAUUCGAAAUAUCGAGCUACCACCAGAAGUUGAUUCUAUUGAACCUAUGAUUAUGGUAAAAAUAAAUCUUAAACGACAACUUCGCAAUGUAUUAGUUAAUGCUUGGGAUAUUGACAAUAAUCAUAUUAAUCGAAAAAUUAUCAAAUCUAAUUCAUGGGCCGUAAAAUGGGCAAUAAAACUUUAUCAUCUGUGCAUGACUACUACAGUACCAAAAAAUGCCAAGUUUUACAAAAAGUUUUAUCAAAAAUGGUCAAAACUUGGAUUACCACGCGUUUUAAAUUGGCCAAUUGUAUAAAAAGAUAAAACAAUUAUUAAUGAAAAUUUUGCCAUUGAUUGGAUUGAGAUUUAUGCAAAUUUUUAUCAUGAAUUUGGAUUUGGUCCAAUAAUCGAAUUUGACGUUGGUCCAAUAGGAUGGGAUAAAGAUUCAAUCAUUUUUGAUUUUAGUAGAUUUUUAUUGGAAAGUUUACGUUAUGAAGAUGAAAAUAUUGAUUAUUUCUAUAAUCGACCUUAUGAACUAAUGAAAAUGAUUAAACAAUUUGAUCCUUCAAUUAACAUAUCGGAUAAAGUUCUCCGCGUAGCCAUGAUGGAAGUUGUAUGGAUGGAAAAAUCAAUCGCUCGACAGAUUAAUAAUGAAUUUGGUGAAAAUGUGAAAAUACAAUUGGAUAGAUUGUAUCUAAGAACAAAGCCGGCGAAUAUGACAAAUUUUUUAAAUAAAAUGUAUAAAUUUAGUCAACAACUAGAACACGUUAAUGUCAACAACAUGAGUAAUUAUCAAUGGAACGAUAAAGAUUAUGUUGGAAUUCAACAAAAAUUACCUGCAUAUCAUUCGAUAUUUGAUAACAUCGCUAAGAAUCCUAAACAUAUUCUUUAUAAUUUUCUAUGGAUAAAAGCAUUAGAAUAUACAAUGGAAGAAUCGUUGCCAAAAUCAGCCGACCAAUGUUUUUAUAUGAUGUAUGAUGAUAAAUUCGAAUUACAAUUUGCAUUAGCACGUAUAUGGAUUGAUUAUUGGCUAAAAUCUGGUUCAAAAUUGAAAACAGUUGAAAUGGUCAAUUAUUUGAAACAGGCUACGAUUGAAAUAAUAAAAUCAAACGAAUGGUUAGAUGAACAAACCAAAAAUCUUGUUAUAGAUAAAAUUCGUGCCAUUGUUGAUGAAGUUGCUUUUCCUGAAUGGAUUCUAGUUGAUGAAGAACUAGAUGCAUUUUAUGGAAUGUUUGAUUUGUUACAUCACCAAAUUCCGGAUAAUUAUUUUGAUGCAUAUGUUUUAUUGAAACAAAUUAUUAUUGCAAAUAUAUUUCAUCGUACUAAAGGCAGAACAAAUUGGAAAUUUAAUUUAAUAUCACCUAUUAGCGUGAAUGCAGCAUAUCAAAGCCUUAAGAAUACAAUCCAUAUUGCUGCGGCCAUUCUGAAUGCACCGGUAUUUGAUCCAGAAUUACCAUUUUAUAUCAAUUAUGGAAUGUUAGGAUUUAUUAUUGGACAUGAAAUUACACAUAGUUUAGAUGAAACAGGUUUCAGUUACAAUAAAGUUGGAUUGAAAACAAAUUGGUGGACAAAUGAAUCAAUGGAAAAGUUUGAAAAUCUAACCAAAUGUUUUGUACGUUUAUAUGAUGAUCAUAAUGAAGAAUGGAAAGAAUUAUUCGAUGGUUACAGAACAUUAGGAGAGAAUAUUGCCGAUAACGGUGGAAUACGAAUCGCAUAUCAUGCAUAUCGAUUACGAUUGAAACAAUUAAAACAUAUUGGUCGAACAGUGAAUUUAUUGCCCUGGUUAUCCACGAAUUUUACUAUCGAUCAGAUAUUCUUCAUUUCAUUUGCUCGACUAUUUUGUAAACAAGAAACCAAUGAACAUGCAUAUGAAUUGGCAGAAUAUGAUAGCCAUUCACCACAUAAAUAUCGUGUAAAUGUUGUACUUGGAAAUUUUGAACAAUUUUCACAAAGUUUUCAUUGUUCCAAAAAUUCUACAAUGAAUUUUAAUCAACGAUGUAUUAUAUGGUAAUCUAUGAUUAUAACAAUA